CUAUCUAUAUCUAUAGAUUCUUGGACAAUUUGAGUUUUUCUUUCUUUGAAGCAAAAGAUCAAACAGUUGGUGUGCAACAUGGAAACUGCAAAAAAAGAAUUCUUGAAAGAAUUUGGUGAAUCUUACGGCUAUCCAAAUGCCCCAAAGAAUAUUGAUGAUAUCAGAGCUACUGAAUUCAAAAGACUUGAUGGGAAUGUGUAUUUGGAUCAUGCUGGUGCAACUUUGUAUUCUGAAAAGCAAAUGGAAGCAGUUUUUAAAGAUCUUACUACUAAUGUAUAUGGAAAUCCUCAUAGUCAAAGCAGCGCUAGCUUGGCCUCCUCAGACAUUGUAGAAGAUGCUCGUCAUCAGGUUCUCAAACUCUGCAAUGCAUCCCCAAAAGAGUACAAAUGUAUAUUUACUGCUGGGGCAACAGCAGCUCUUAAACUUGUUGGCGAGGCUUUUCCAUGGAGUAGUCAGAGCACUUUCAUGUAUACAAUUGAGAAUCACAACAGUGUUCUAGGAAUCCGAGAAUAUGCUCUCAAUAGAGGAGCCGUGGCUUUGGCAAUAGAUUUUGUGGAUGCUGCAGAAUCAGACACGUGUACAAGCAGUAGAUCUUCCAUCAAGGUCUUGCAGCAUCCUCUUCAAAAGAGAAAUGGUGCUAGGACAUGGGACGAAGAGCCUAAUGGCCAAGUAUACAAUUUAUUUGCUUUCCCUUCUGAGUGUAAUUUCUCAGGAGUGAAGUUUAACCUUGAUUUGAUAGACGUUAUUAAAGAAGAUUCAGAAAAAGUAUUGGAAGGCUCUCAACAUUGCAGGGGAAAAUGGAUGAUUUUAAUUGAUGCUGCAAAAGGAUGUUCCACCGACCCUCCAAAUCUAUCAAAGCAUAGAGCAGACUUUGUUGCUAUCUCUUUUUACAAGCUUUUUGGCUAUCCAACUGGACUUGGAGCUUUGAUCGUACGUAAUGAUGCUGCAAAGUUAUUAAGGAAGACCUACUUUAGUGGAGGCACAGUGGCUGCAUCAAUUGCUGACAUUGAUUUUGUGAAAAGAAGAGAGGGUAUUGAGGAGUCUUUCGAAGACGGAACACUAUCAUUCUUGAAUAUAGCAUCCAUUCGGCAUGGGUUAGAUAUUCUCAAUACUCUGACCACAUUUUCCAUAUCACGGCAUACAUCGUCACUGGCUAGAUAUACAAGAAAUAUGCUUUUGGCAUUAAGGCAUGCUGAUGGGGAGGAGGUUUGCAAAAUAUAUGGCAUGGAUUAUUUGAAGGUGUCGUGUAGUGGACUUGGUCCUGUAGUUUCUUUCAACUUGAAAAGGCCUGAUGGUUCCUGGGUUGGUCAUCGUGAAGUGGAAAAGUUGGCUUCUUUGUCUGGAAUUCAACUACGGACAGGAUGCUUCUGCAAUCCUGGUGCAUGUUCUAAGUAUCUUGGUUUAUCUCAUCUGGAUCUUCUAUCCAACAUUGAGGCUGGGCAUGUUUGCUGGGAUGACUAUGAUAUAUUACAAGGAAAACCCACUGGAGCUGUUAGGGUAUCUUUUGGGUAUAUGUCAACAUUCGAAGAUGCAUGGAAAUUUGUGAACUUCAUCGUAAGCUCCUUUCUAUUGUUGCCCAACAAUACUAGACAUCUUUAUCAACUCAUAUCCAACUCUAUCCAGCCUGAUGCAGAAGAUGCAGGUCAUGGGAAGACAACAAAACAUUAUCUUGAGUCAAUUGUUGUGUACCCAAUAAAGUCAUGUGCAGGAUUCAGAGUAGACAGUUGGCCUUUAAGCAGCACUGGAUUGUUAUAUGAUCGAGAGUGGCUUCUCAAAAGCAUGAAUGGUGAAAUUCUUACGCAAAAGAAGGUACCUGAGAUGUAUUUUAUCGGUACAAAGAUUGACCUCAAAACAGGAAUACUUCAUGUGGAGUCUCCUCGGUGCAAAGAGAAACUGCUUAUAAAACUUAAGUCGAAUUUAGCUGAAGUGGUAGAAGAAAUCAGCGUACAUGCUCAGAGAUAUGAAGUUUUGGGCUAUAAUAACGAGAUCGACACGUGGUUCAGCAAUGCAAUUGGCCGACCUUGUUAUUUGCUGAGAUCAAGUUCCAGAGGUUGUAUCCGCUUGAACAGGAACAAAGUCACGGGCAUAUGCAGAGACGUAGAUACCAGACUAAACUUCGUUAAUGAAGCUCAACUUUUAUUGGUAUCCAAGGAAAGUGUAUCUGACCUUAACCACAGAUUGAGAUCAACAGUAACAGAGAGAGGAUCUGCUGGAUUACUGAUAGAAGUCGAUGCAAUGAGAUUCCGACCCAAUCUUGUCAUAUCUGGUGGUGUGCCAUAUGCUGAAGACAGCUGGAGUGGUCUUAAGAUUGGAGGCAAUCACUUCAUGUCAUUGGGUGGUUGCAACCGAUGCCAGAUGAUCAAUUUGAAUUAUCAAGAUGGUGAAGUACAGAAAUCAAAUGAACCUCUGGCUACUUUAGCGGCAUACAGGAGAGCCAAGGGGAAGAUACUCUUUGGAAUUUUAUUGAGAUACGAGUUAGACAACGAGGCUAGGGAAGAUAUAUCAUCAUGGAUUCAAGUGGGACAAGAAGUAUACCCUAAAGCAGAAUGAUGCACAAUGACUUGGUAUAUGUAAUGCAACUACAGAAAUUAAUAUUGUGGUGGCUUUAAUAUUAAAUUGUAACUGAUGAGGAAUAUUUGAUUUGGGUUACUUUAUAUAGUGUAAGCUUCCUGAAAUAUGGUUCUUGGUCAUAAGAUGACCCUAACCUAGAUUUUUAAAUGUUAUGUGUACAAAUUGUUUAAGGAAGAUUUAAUAAAUAAAAUCCAAAAUAGGCAUCUUAAAAGUUAA